CAACAACAACAACAACAACAACAACAACAACAACAACAACAACAACAACAACAACAACAACAACAACAACAACAACAACAACAACAACAACAACAACAACAACAACAACAACAACAACAACAACAACAACAACAACAACAACAACAACAACAACAACAACAACAACAACAACAACAACAACAACAACAACAACAACAACAACAACAACAACAACAACAACAACAACAACAACAACAACAACAACAACAACAACAACAACAACAACAACAACAACAACAACAACAACAACAACAACAACAACAACAACAACAACAACAACAACAACAACAACAACAACAACAACAACAACAACAACAACAACAACAACAACAACAACAACAACAACAACAACAACAACAACAACAACAACAACAACAACAACAACAACAACAACAACAACAACAACAACAACAACAACAACAACAACAACAACAACAACAACAACAACAACAACAACAACAACAACAACAACAACAACAACAACAACAACAACAACAACAACAACAACAACAACAACAACAACAACAACAACAACAACAACAACAACAACAACAACAACAACAACAACAACAACAACAACAACAACAACAACAACAACAACAACAACAACAACAACAACAACAACAACAACAACAACAACAACAACAACAACAACAACAACAACAACAACAACAACAACAACAACAACAACAACAACAACAACAACAACAACAACAACAACAACAACAACAACAACAACAACAACAACAACAACAACAACAACAACAACAACAACAACAACAACAACAACAACAACAACAACAACAACAACAACAACAACAACAACAACAACAACAACAACAACAACAACAACAACAACAA